AUGGAGCCGCUUCCCUCGUUCGCAGAAUUACUCGAUUCUACGAACAACUCGCCUGAUAGCCAAAGCCCCCACAUCAAGUCACCCACUGCCGAUUCCCGACAUAGCCCUGCUGAGCGGCCUGUAUUUCAUGAUCCGUUCAAGGCCGUAGCGCCUCCGACUUUGCCUUCGCACAACAGCUCCAGUCUCAUGCGACCACACGUGUCGAUGGAGGGCUCCACCGUGCCACUUGAAAAAAGGCCUCCCGGCCACCACGGGCGGUGUAAGAUCAUUUACUCCACCCACAGACCAAUCUGGAAUGCCGACUACGAGACCCGCGUUUCUUCUGAAAGCCAUCCCGAUGCUUUUAGGGCUAUACUCAAUUCACCCCCGGAGCCAGCGAUGACCGGUUGCGGUCCUCGUGACUACUAUGGACCGGGCACUCGUCGUGGAACGAUAGCUCCCCCAGAGGCUCAAUGGUAUGAGCCUACAACUCUCCCGGAGGCUAGCCGCUGGAACGAACCGACGUAUGGCCAUACUGGGUACCGCGACGAGCAUCGUGAGAUCCGCCGUUCCUUCGCGUAUGAUCGUUUUCGGCCUCCAGUGCGCCAUGACAGCAGCUUUGUUGCGACGCCUGAGCAUUACUGGCCGCCGACGAUGUACGGACAUCCGUCAAGUUAUGGGUAUGGUAUGGACCAUCAAAACGGAGCGGAUACUUAUACUUCCAGUCGCAAACGACGCGGCAAUCUUCCAAAGGAGGCAACGGCUUUGCUCAAGAACUGGUUCCAGCAACAUGCGGAUUCUCCGUAUCCCAGCGACGAAGAGAAGAAUCAUCUGGCCACUGCUACUGGUUUAACAUCGGCUCAAAUCUCCAAUUGGUUCAUCAACGCAAGGCGCCGAAAUCCCGGCAAGGAAGCCAGAGAACUGGCAAGGCAAAUGAACAACAACAGAUCCCAAGGUCAGCAACAAGCUCAAGCGACAAGUGGCACCAAGGAGCAGGACCUCCGUGUGCAAUCGUCGGCAGCAUCGCCGCAGCAGCAAUCCCAUCGUCCGGCUCCGAAGCCAUACCCUCACGACCUUCGCGACCAAAACCGUGAUAGGGAUUACGACAUGGGCAACACUUGA